GUCCCCCCUUCCCUUGAAUCCCUUCCCUUCCCUUCCCUUCCGAUCCCACGGUAAAAAUAACAUCUUCACCUGAAAAUCGUUAUAUCUAAUCCGCGUAUGCGUACCACUCUUGUAUGUAUCUCUCCUCCUUGCCGCCCCCCGUCGAACUCUACCCUCCCGCAAUCUGUUUCAAACCGUAAAGUAACCCUCCACUCCCCUCUCCCCCUUCCGAUCCCCCUCUUCCUCCUCCUCUUCCUCCUCCUCCUUCUGUUCCUCCUCCGCCUCUGGUUCCUUCCUCGCUCGGCUGCUCCGUCCGGAUCAAGAAGAAGCUCACCAUGCUCUGCUCGGAUCCGCUCAGCUAUACCUUACCGUUCCCCCAGGCGCCCGCAUACGCCGCCGGAUACAAAUCACACGAGAAUACUCGGCGGCCCGUUUCUAAACUUUCCUUAUCGAAAGGAAGCGCGCACCCCCCUAACCUCUCGCUUCCGGGACCAUCUUCGAGUUCUCGAUAUCUACACUCGUUCUCUAUCGCAGCCUCCCUCCUCAUAUCUGCCCUUUUUGCUUCUUCAUUUCCCACGCAUACACAGGGUGUGGCCGAAAAAAGAAAGAAAGAAAGGGAAAGAAAAAAAAAGAAGAAAUUUUUUAUGCAAGACGCCUCAAGAAAAUCCAUUUAGGCCGCGCAUAGAGUAUGUUAUGCCUUUGUGUGUCACGACACACCGCUUCGAGCCAUACCCAUCCAGCGGUGCCACUCCCCUCCCCCAGCUAUCCGGUUGACACACCGUCCGAUGUCUAAAUCUUACAGCUUAUCCUAUCCUAUCCCUCCAUCCAUCCAUCCAUCCUGCCUCCUCCUCCCAUCACCACCCACCACGCCCCCCGUACCCUCCCCAGCCCAGUCCAGCCCACCCAC